AUACCCGCAAUCAUCUGCUUUCCUUUCUUCCCUCUCCAUCUCCACCUCCACAACCACCCCGCGCAGCAGAUAAUGGCCAUCAUCGACGAAGCACCGCAGUUUGACUUGGAUCUCUCGCUCCCCAUCGCCACGCUGCUCAGAUCGGGCACCGCUGCGGCCCACCAGACUGCCGAGACCAGCGCAGGCGCUGGAUGGCUGACUCGCGGGGAGCUUGACAAGGAGGAGUAUAUUCGCUUUCUGAUCAUGCUAUGGCAUGUGUACGACGAACUCGAACGCGCGCUCGAGCAGCACGCCUCGCAUCCUGUUCUCAACCCGACCUACAACCCCACCCUGCUUGCCCGCGCGCCCGCCCUGCUCGCCGACAUCUCGCACCUCCUCUCCGUCCCGACCUCCGACGUGCCUGCGCACCCGCUCUUCACCGCGCUCGACGCGCCCGCCCCGCGCGGCCUCGCGGAAUACACGUCCCGCCUGCGCGCACUCGCGUCCGCGCGGGACCCCGCGCCACUCCUCGCGCACGCAUACGUGCGCUACCUCGGCGACCUCUCGGGCGGGCAGGUCAUCCGUCGGCGCGUCGCGCGCGCGUAUGGGCUUGAGGACGACGGCGGCGCGGGCGUGAGCUUCUACGAGUUUGCGAAGCUCGGCGGGGGCGCGGGCGCGACCGUCGGCGACAUGAAGAAGAUCAAGGAGUGGUACCGCGACGGGAUGAACGCCGGCGUCGGCGAUGACCGGGAUCUCAAAGUGACGAUUCUCGCGGAGGCCAACAAAGCGUUCGUGCUCAACGGCGGGCUCUUCGAGUCCCUCAAGCCGCCCUCAUCGCCACCCUCGUCGCCACCCUCGCCCAUCGACUCGACUUCCCCGCAUUCGCAUUUCGGGAACCCCAACACACCCGCUGUUUCGUCUUUCCCCCGCGAGGAAGAGAAGCCGAAGGAGAUAGCCGUGCAGAUCCUCCAGACCCACUCGGAAUCCGAGGGGACGUACUCCGUUUCCGGCGUGCUAUCAUUCAUCGCUGCUAUGUGCCUCGCUCACUUCAUCCUCGUCGUCGGUGGGUUCACUGGCACGCGGGGAUGGGAGAAGCUUGAGGCUGUGGAGAACUGGAUCUCGGGAUACCUGCAUUGAAGUGACCCGCUGCGGGCUCUCGGUCUGGUUAUUUUUGCUUUGCUUUUUCUUUCUCGGUGAUAUCUUUGCUGUUUUUUUUCGUCAUCACACAUAACACUAUACGUCGUCUGCUCGAGAAGCGGGUGACUUUUGAUGCUGGACGGAUCUGCGUGGAGCUAAUGCGUGGAUGCUACUGCAUAUUCUGUACGAUAAUCAUGAUUUGGGACUCGGCUUUGCGAUGGACGGCUCGUUGGAAAAUCAGUUUUGGUGAGGGACCGUUCGGAACUUCGGCGCCACCGCGAUACGUUAGACGACCUGCUUACAUCGAGAGACAGAUCCUUGUAGAGGGGUCAAGGUGAAUUAUACG